ACAAGCAACAAAUCUUCAAAAAAGUAAAAUUAACUUAUUUAAAGUUAUAUGUCUCGUUUUAAUGAUGGAAAUUGAAGCUUCAGGUUCUCAAGGCACUUCAGGGUUUCGAAUUGUGACUCGAAAAUACCUAUUCGACCGCAUGCAAGCUCAGAAUUUACCAAAUUUGGACGAAAAAUUAAACUCUUUACAACAGGAGCUUUUGUCAAGUGAAAAAUACUCUGACGAACAGAUAUCAGCUCUUAAGCACAGUUUUUCACAUUUUAAAUCCCAAAUCAAGAAAAAGUGGCUACAAGUACAUAAAAAGGAAGAUGUUUUCCUAUCAAAGUACAAGUCUUGGUUGGAAGGAGGUUUUGAAUUAACUGUUGCAGCAAUACCGAAACGAUGUGGCCGUCCUCAAAAACAUUUCAGUGACUCAGGUGAAAGAUCUAAAAGACGCAAAACUGCAGAACUCAGAUCUACAGUAAAGGACAAAAACUUGAUUAUGCAUGCUGCUUUCCUUGAAUUUGUUUCAUUUUGCUUUAGUUCUUAUUGACGUAAGGUUAUUGAUUGAAUUAAAUAUUUUUUUUUUUUGGUUCAAAUAAUGUAUUUUAUUUGACCCUUCUGUGAAA